CAGCACCACACCAUUUUAACUCAAAUUUUUGUAUUGAAGUGUCACAAUAUAGCUUGUAAGAGAUGUACAGAAACAUUUGUGACCACAAAACAAUUAUGAUUUUGCAGAACUGUUAAGAACAACAACCUCAGAAAUAUUUUCCUAUCUGUCAAUGUUUUUUUCCACAAAUAUUUUAUUUAUUUAUUUUUAAGACAAACAUUUUAUGAAAACCAGAUAAGCACUGAUGUGUAACUGUUGUAGCUUUUUCUCCCAUAAUUCAUUGAUGAAAAUGCAAAAUUAGGCACAAAGAUUUUUUGUCUGGUUUUGUUAGUUGUUGUCUCAAAAUUCUCUUAUACUAUACCCUUUGGCCAUAAUCAAAAGCCAAACAUAUACUCUUCUUCACAGUCUGCACAUAUUCAUCAACCUUCUCUUCAUUCCUUCCACUGCCAUAUCAUUUAUCUCUUCAAAGUAGAGAUUCCUAAUAAGCGAGGAGAAUUUCUGUUUACGGAAAAGCUUAAAAGGGUGUAGAGAAUGAGUCAGCCUAAAAUUAAGCGUAGAGUCGGUAUCUAUGAGGUUGGAAGGACCAUUGGUGAGGGAACAUUUGCAAAGGUGAAAUUUGCAAGGAACUCUGAGACAGGUGAAGCCGUGGCUCUCAAGAUUCUUGACAAAGAGAAAGUUCUCAAGCACAAGAUGGCUGAGCAGAUCAAGCGGGAAAUUGCUACCAUGAAGUUAAUCAAGCAUCCAAAUGUUGUUCGACUAUAUGAGGUCAUGGGAAGCAGGACAAAAAUAUAUAUUGUUUUGGAGUUUGUGACUGGCGGGGAGCUUUUUGACAAAAUUGUAAACCAUGGACGGAUGGGUGAACCUGAAGCGCGUAGGUAUUUCCAGCAGCUUAUAAAUGUUGUUGAUUAUUGUCAUAGCAGAGGUGUCUAUCACAGAGAUCUGAAGCCAGAAAAUUUGCUAUUAGAUGCUUAUGGCAACCUUAAAGUCUCCGAUUUCGGAUUGAGUGCACUCUCCCAGCAAGUUAGGGAUGAUGGACUUCUCCAUACUACAUGUGGAACUCCAAAUUAUGUUGCUCCAGAGGUUCUUAAUGAUAGAGGCUAUGAUGGGGCAACUGCAGACUUGUGGUCUUGUGGAGUGAUCCUCUUUGUAUUGGUUGCAGGUUACUUGCCUUUUGAUGACCCUAAUCUUAUGGAACUGUAUAAAAAAAUCUCGUCUGCUGACUUUACUUGCCCCCCGUGGCUUUCUUUCAGUGCAAGGAAAUUGAUAACUCGAAUCUUGGAUCCCAAUCCCAUGACUCGUAUCACCAUGGCUGAGAUUUUGGAUGAUGAAUGGUUUAAGAAAGAUUAUAAGCCUCCAGUUUUUGAGGAAAGUGGGGAAACCAACCUCGACGAUGUAGAAGCUGUCUUUAAAGAUUCGGAAGAGCACCAUGUGACAGAAAAGAAAGAAGAGCAGCCAACAUCCAUGAAUGCAUUUGAGUUGAUUUCCAUGUCUAGAGGGCUGAACCUUGAAAAUUUGUUUGAUGUAGAACAGGGAUUUAAAAGGGAAACAAGGUUCACGUCGCAAUCUCCUGCAGACGAGAUAAUCAACAAGAUUGAAGAAGCUGCUAAACCUCUUGGCUUUGAUGUGCAGAAGAAAAAUUUCAAGAUGAGGCUUGCAAAUUCGAAAGCUGGAAGGAAAGGAAACCUUAAUGUUGCCACAGAGGUAUUUCAAGUGGCACCUUCUCUUCACAUGGUUGAAGUAAGGAAAGCAAAAGGAGAUACGUUGGAGUUCCAUAAGUUCUACAAAAAACUUUCAACAAGCUUGCAGGGUGUUGUUUGGAAAACAGAAGAUGAUAUGCAAAAGCAAGAAGCAAAAUGAUAUUAAUAUAUUAGUAUCAUCAUCAAAGUAUAAUAUUCUUAAUGUCUGAAGUCAAUUUAUUUAUUCGUUAUUUCCUCUUCAGCUUUCUUCUUGUAGGUUUGUUUGGACAUAUUUACAUAUUACUGAUAUAUAUAUUGUAUUGCAUGCUGUUAUUUUUUGUAAAGCAUGAAGUUUAUGUAAGAAUUUUAGAACCAAGAGUUAUUGUAAUGUUCAUGAAACAAUUAUAUAUAUAUAAGAUAAUUUGUAUAUUGUAUAUA